AUGGAAGAUUCGUUGAAUGAUAAAGUUAUACAAAGAGCUCCGGAAAAAAUCGACUUUCCUCUAGAGGAAGCCGAGAUUUUGGACUACUGGAAGCAAGUCAAAGCUUUCGAGAGGUCUUUAGUACAAUCAAAGGAAAAAGCGAGAUUCACUUUCUACGACGGCCCACCGUUCGCUACAGGGUUGCCGCAUUACGGCCACAUCCUCGCCGGCACGGUUAAAGACGUGGUCACCAGAUUCGCCCACCAAAGCGGUUACCACGUGGAAAGGCGAUUCGGCUGGGACUGCCACGGUCUACCGGUGGAAUUCGAAAUCGAUCAACUUUUGGGCAUAAAAUCGCCGAAGGACGUCGACAAAAUCGGCAUCAAGGCCUACAACAACGAAUGCAGAAAGAUAGUAACCAGAUACUCGAAGGAAUGGAAGGAUGUCGUGCACAGAAUCGGCAGAUGGAUUGACUUCGACAACGACUACAAAACGAUGUACUCGUGGUACAUGGAGACCGUAUGGUGGACGUUCAAGGAACUCUACCGGAAAGGCCUGAUCUACGAGGGGAACAAAGUGAUGCCCUACUCGACGGCUUGCGGUACGCCUCUGUCGAACUUUGAGGCGUCGCAGAACUACAGGGAAACGCAGGAUGCCGCCGUGGUGGUUUCUUUGCCUUUGACGGACGACCGCCAGGGGGCGGCGCUGUUGAUAUGGACCACGACGCCGUGGACGUUACCCAGCAACUUGGCGGCGUGCGUCAAUAUGCAUUUGAUUUACGCGAGAGUUAAACAAGUGAGCACCGAAAGGGUUUAUAUAAUGCUCGAGGAGAGGAUCGGGACGGUUUUCGAAGAUGAUGAUUACGAAGUAUUGGAGAAGUUCCUAGGAAUUGAUCUGGAGGGAUUGACCUACGACCCACCGUUCCCCUACUACAAACACUUAACGCACUGCUUCAAAAUCCUCGCGGACGAUUACGUCACCAACACCACCGGUACGGGCGUGGUCCAUCAGGCGCCUUACUUCGGCGAAGACGACUACAGGGUGUGCCUGAAAAACAACAUCAUAACGGCCAAUCAGGGCGCCGUUUGCCCCGUGGACGCCUCCGGAUGCUUCACGACCCCGGUGGAAGAUUUCCUAGGGCUGCACGUUAAAGACUCCGACAGACACGUCGUAAGAUACCUUCGGGAGAGAGGCAGGGUUGUUAAAGAGUCGAGAGUCAAUCACAGCUAUCCUUUCUGCUGGAGGAGCGACACCCCGUUGAUUUACAGGGCCGUACCGUCGUGGUUUUUGAACGUCGAAGCUAUCAAAGACAAGCUACUUGAUGCGGUUCAAAGUGCGGAGUUCGUGCCGGAUUUCGUGAAGAAGAAACGUUUCACCAAUUGGUUGAGAGACGCCCGCGAUUGGGCCAUAUCGCGUAACAGAUACUGGGGCACGCCAAUCCCCAUAUGGAAAAACGACGACGAAAUAGUCUGCGUAGGCAGCAUAGAAGAGUUGCAAUCCCUGACGGGUGAAAAGAUCUCGGAUCUGCACCGAGAAAACAUCGAUGAUCUAACCAUACCGAGCUCAAAUCCCAACGGGGCACCUCUAAGACGUAUAAGGGAAGUCUUUGACUGUUGGUUCGAGUCGGGAUGCAUGCCGUACGCGCAAAACCACUACCCUUUCGAAAACAAACACACAUUUAAACAGAAAUUCCCCGCUGAUUUCAUAGCAGAAGGCAUAGAUCAGACCAGGGGUUGGUUCUACACCCUCCUCGUCAUAUCCACAGCUCUAUUCGGCGAAGUACCGUACAAAAACGUAAUCGCCAAUGGUCUAGUGUUAGCGAGCGACGGCCAGAAGAUGUCCAAACGCAAAAAAAACUACCCCGACCCCAUGGACAUCAUAGAAUCAUACGGAGCCGAUGCGUUACGGCUCUACCUCAUAAACUCGCCUGUCGUCAGAGCGGAGAAUCUCAAAUUCAAAGAAGAUGGUGUACGGGAAGUGGUCAAAGACGUUCUACUGCCAUGGUACAACGCGUUCAGAUUCCUCCUGCAGAAUAUGGAGGGAUACAUGCUCAAAAACACGAGAGAUUUUCACUACAAAGACAUAGAUCUCACCACUGACAACAAAAUGGACUCGUGGAUCCUCAGUUACACCCAAUCGUUUCUCGACUACGUCUACAAAGAAAUGACCGCGUACCAUCUCUACAACGUUGUACCCAAGCUGACCAAAUUCAUCGAAGACCUGACGAAUCUGUACGUACGUCUCAACAGAAAGCGAUUCAAAGGCGAAACCUCGACGAUAGAUUGCAAAAACGCCCUCAAAAAUUUGUUCGGUGUUUUGUACGCUCUAGUGCUGAUUAUGGCGCCCUUCACGCCGUUUUUAUCCGAGUACAUGUACCAAAAAAUGAAACACUUCACGACCUCACCGCACGAUUCCGUGCACUUCAUAAUGUUGCCAAAGUUGAACGAAAACUUCAUAGAUAAAAACAUUGAGAAUGCCGUCGAUAACCUACAAGUAGUUCUGGACUUGGCCAGAGCCAUCAGAGAGAAAAAACAAAUACCCAACAAACACCCCCUACCGGAGAUAAUAGUAUUGCAUCGCGACCAAUCGUUCCUACAGAACAUUACAGACUUGAAGGAGUAUAUUCUCGCAGAAUUGAAUAUAAAAAAUCUUGUCACGUCAAACGACAAGUCGCGAUUCAACAUAGCACUCAGGGCGAAGCCGAACUACAAAACCCUUGGUGAUAAACUGAAGAGUUAUCUGAAGGUAAUAGCGGAGGGAAUUUUGAAUUUAACAGAGGCACAACUCGAGAUUCUACAGCAGGAAGGUUCUGUGGACGUAUCGGGGUACAACAUAGAACUGAAUGACGUAAUUUUACAUUACGAAUCAACUAAUGAUCAACAGGAUAAGUACUUGCUGAAUGGUUCGGGUGAAUGUCUGGUUUUGCUGGACGUUUUAAUGGAUGACAACCUGCAAGAUGAAGGUGUAGCUAGGGAGGUCAUAAACCGGGUUCAAAAGUUACGAAAAAAGGCUCACUUGGUGCCCACCGACUCCAUCAAGGUUUACUAUAAAGCCCAUGGAGAUAUAGAACGCAUUACCAAAGAUUUUGCUGUUUUGAUUGAGGGUACCAUCAAGGCAAGUUUCAGGGAUGUGACUUUCAAGGAAGACGACGAUGUUGUGAUAAUGGAGAGCGAGGAAAAGUUGAAGGACUACAAAAUGGACUUGUAUAUAACCAAAAAAGAGGCACACAUAGAAUUUCCAAACACCAAAUGGGCCAACUUGGAGUUGGUGGACUUGCAACCCAAAUAUACUCAGUCAAAGAGAGGUAUGAUACUUCUGGAAGUAGCUGGGACUCCUAUAACAAUGGAAAGCCUUCAAAAAUCAAUCUUGGCCUUGUUUGGGGUCGAACAUUUUGCUCUCAAAACAUCCACGAAGGAUAUAUUAAGCACCGGAGAUAUAUCAAAAGUUCAUAAAGAUACGAUUUUUAUAAUCCCUGAACACCUAAACCCACAACUACCGAAACCAACGUCAAAACCGUUCUGCGAGUUCUUCAACUUCACAGAGGGCCCUAUAAAGGGCACCAUAAUCACUGAAAACCCCAAAGGAAGCCCAAUUUUGGAGGAGCACCAAUAUAAACCUCUCAUUGAAAUGUGGUUAGAUAUGUAUUGA